AUGACUGACAAGCUCCCCCCAAAUCUCCUCGCAUUAUUUGCGCCGAGGCCACCCCUCCGUUUCCUACCACCUUCCGAUCAUCCUUCAGGAGAGCGCAAGACUCGCGAGAUCACUGGCCUUGCACAAUUUAUGCCAUCGCUCAAGGAAUACGUCGAAACUGAUGAAUACGAACCUACCGAAUCCUGGCUACAGAAGCAUGAUCGCAAGAAGCUCGAGAAGAAGGAGAGGCAGGAGAAUCUCCUGAAGGAAGGGCCUAUGUCCUGUGAGGGCACCCCCAUAUGUCCCGAAUACCUUUUAUCUUCCCUGUCCGAGAUCUGGACACACGUGUCUCAUUUGGAGCAAGAUAUGCUGACAGUUUUUUCUAUAGACAAACCUCAAGAUGAUCCUAAUAUUCGUGGUGAUGCGUUCAAGACACUCAUUGUCGCACGAUUGAGUUACGAUGCCACGGAGCAAGAUCUCGAGAGCGAAUUCGGCCGAUUUGGUUCUAUUGAACGAAUUCGUAUUGUUGUGGAUACCCAUCAGGCCGAAAAGAAGAACAAGAAAGCAAAGAAGCAUCGUGGAUAUGCUUUUGUGGUUUAUGAGAGAGAGAAAGAUAUGAGAGCUGCACUAGAAAACUGCGAUGGUAUUCGUAUCAAAGACCGUAGAGUCAAGGUUGAUGUUGAGCGUGGUCGAACAGUCAAAGGCUGGAAACCUCGUCGAUUUGGUGGAGGACUUGGAGGACGUGGAUACACAAAGGCAAUUCCCCCUCGACCAGUCGGCCCUGGUGGAUUUGGCAGUGCUCCAGGUGGACCAGGCGGGUUCAGAGGCGGCUUCCGAGGAGGAUUCGAUGGAGGAAGAGGACGUGGGGGCUUCAGAGGUGGCUUCCAAGAUCGUGGUGGGUAUGGUGGUGGAAGAGGCGGUAUUGGGUACCAAGGAGGCGGAGGCUUUUCCAGAGGCGGAGGAGAUCGUGGUGGGUAUGGAGGAUCAAACGGCUAUGGUGCUCCCCCUAACGCUCCAGCUGGUCCCGGUGGACGAGGCGGUGGUGGGUUUGGUGGGGGCAGAGGAGGUUACAGUGGCUCUGGCUCUCCAGAUCGCAAUGGUCCUGGCUACUCUGCGCCAUCUGGUGGGUAUGACUCGCGUGGUGGCGGUCGCUCAUAUGAAGACAGGAACGGCGGUUAUCGUGGCGGCAACAGAAGCUACGGCGAUCGCGACGCUCCUCGAGGUGGCAGUGGCAGCAACAUGGAGCCGGUAAGACCUAGAGACGGCGGCUUCCGCGACAGAGACAGAGGAGACAGAGAUGGAGGAUAUGGUGGUCGACCACGCGAAGACGACUCACGAAAGAGAGGCUACGAAGGCAACAGCUACGAAGAAGAUCCUCGCAAACUGAGGAGAUACUAAAAGCAGCAGGACAUAUUCGGUUUGUCUUGUGGUGGGUUUCUCGAGUAUUCAGUCAUUCUUCCCUUUUUCACCAGGGGUAAGCGGUUUCGAUGCACUUUCACCCAGGUGGUAUUGCCUUAUGGCCUCAUACUUACCCCAUCAAUCGGCCUACUUUCUGUUCUCACUGGCUUCAAAACCUUCCCCCAUUUGUCCAUGGUAAUGCGACUCGCCUCUUUCGGUACUCUGGCUUUGCUCUAUUUUUGCAUUGGGACCUGGAUUUGCAUCUUCGACUCGGAUAUCUCGACAGGGUGAGCAUAAUACUGGCGCUGGAUUUUGGAGGUACAGUCAGAGGUAAGGCAUUGUGCCGUCUGACCAUCUGACUUCAGUGCCCAAAGGAUUCUUGCUUGUAUUAUCAGAAUUCAGGAGGAGAAAAAUGGGUGGUAAGACGAGGUAGCCCUGCAGUAAAAUUGCUCUUUGAUUUUCCUAU